AUGCAGUUAUAUAAAAAAAUAAUUCAUUUACCUCACUUCAUAAAAUAUAAAUUAAAUUAUUUAAAUAAUAAUAAUUACUUUAUAAUACAAAAAAAAUGUUUUUAUUGUUCUAAAUUACUAAAAUUAAAAAAUGUAAGAAAAGUAAAUGAUGAAAAUACCACUGAGCAAAAUGAUGUAUAUUAUAUAUUAAAAAAUAAUGAAUUACCUGUAUGUAAAGAAAAAAAUAGAAUUGAACUGAUAUUAUUAAAUACAAUUAAAACAAAUAAACUGGAUAAUGUUGUAAAGGAAAUAUUAUCAAUAAUCAAUGAAAAUCCUAAAAAUAGAGAUAUUUAUAUAAAUAAAAAUUUAAUGUUGGCAUUUUACAUUAUUUUAAUAAAAAGAAAAUAUUAUGUAAAUAAUUUAAAAAAUAGUAUUUAUGAUAACUGUUCAUUAAAUAUUUUUGAUUUCAUUCAUUAUAAUAUUAAUCUACAUUUGAAAAAUUACAACUUAAAAAAUAUAUGUGAAGUACUUAAUAAUUUAUCGAAAUAUAUUUAUAAAAAUAAAUCUAACAAUAUCUCAAAUGAACUUGUUAAAAACAUAUUUUAUUUUUCCUUCUUUAGUAAUUUUAAUAAAUUUUAUCCUAAAAAAAAUUAUAACAAAUUAAAUGAUGAAAAAAACAUAAAUAAACAAAUUAUAGAUAACAAAAUAAAUGAGAAAAAAUGUGAUAAGGAAGAAUGUAAUUUACAUAUAUAUAAUUCAUAUAAAUUAAAAAAUUCUAAUCAAACUAAUUUAAUAGAAAGAAAUAUCAUAAAAGAACAAAAUUACUUAAUCAAAGAAAAUACUUCAAAUAGUGAAAUUUCCAUAAAAAAAGAAGACAGCAAAGAUCUCUUAAAUAAUAAUGAACUUAAAAAAAUAACUAACACAAAUUAUAAAUAUAAAGAUUUCAAUGAAGAAACAUUUGCUUACUUAAAUAGUUUUAUUAUAUUUUUAUCUAAUCAUCCUAAUUUUAUUAGUGAAAAAAUUUUAUAUAAUAUUUCUUUAUUAGGAAGUAAAAUUAUUGAAUUCAAAAUAAAUUUUAGAAUAUCUUUAUCUUUUUUGUCAGCCAGUUUAAAUAUUUUUGAUAAACAAAAAACAAAUAAGCGUAAUUUAUUUAUAUAUAAGAAAACGAAUUUUGAUAUAUUAUACAACAUUUUAAAAGAAUGUAAUGAAAUAAUUAAUAAAAAUAAUAUUGAAAAUAAAGAAAGUAAUGAAUUGAUGAAUAACUACAAUAAAUCAAAUAAAGAAAACAGUGAAUUUGACAAUGAUUCCUCUAAGCAAAAUUUUAAUUCUCAAAAAAAAAAAUAUAAAAAAUAUAAUACGAAAAAUCAUAUUAAUUUGUGGAAUUAUUCGCACAUAAUUAAUGUAAUAAAAAUUAUGAAAAUUCAAAAUUUUUUAUCAAGAAAUUAUACAAAUGGAGAAAAAUGUUUAGAAGAAUUUUUCAUUAACUUUAUUAAUUAUGCUUCAAUUUAUCAAAACGAUUCUAUAAUUAUAUCACAAAAUGAGUUGAAUAAUUUUAUUUCUAUUUAUGUAAAUUUAUCAGUUUUAUUAAGUGAAUUAAAAAGUUAUAAAAACACAUUUCUUAAAAUUAUGGAUUUUCUAAAUAACUCAUAUAAAUGUAUAUAUGUGCAAUAUAACAAUCUUCAUAUAAAUAUGAUGAUUAAUUUGUUAAGAGGAAUAUAUCAUCAAUUAUUGAUCAUUUCAGGCAUAAAUUCUUAUCAAGUAUAUUUUAAAAAAAUUGAAAAAAAUGUUUUAUAUAAGUCAGAAAAAAGUUCGGAAUUAUUAAAUAUAAAGGAAAAACAAAUAAUUAAUUUAAUUAUGUUAAUUCAAAAUAUAUCAAACUGCAUAAUGUAUACAGAUAAAAAAAAAAAUGAUUUGAAUUUAGGAAAAUUAAUUACACUUGUACAUUAUAUGCAUAAAAUAAAUAAAAUUUUUAUAACUUUUAAAAUAAAUGAUUUAUUUAAGACAACUAUUUUAAAUUUUAUAACGAAAAGCGAAAAUAUGUUUUAUUAUAAAAAAUAUUCUGAAAAUUCAUCAAAUCAUCAUAUUUUAUUAUUUCUCAAUAUAUAUUUAUAUUAUAAAGGAUUGAAUAGGCGUUUUUUAAAUAACUGUUUUAAUUAUCUAAAUGCAAAUGAUUCUUAUAUUUUUAAAAAUGAGACAGAGAUUAUAAUGUUUAUUAAUUUUGUAAUGAAAUUCAAUAAAAUAAAAGAAAAAAUAAAAACAGAAUAUCAAGAAAUAAUCUAUGAUAUAAAAAAUGUCUUUAAUAAUAAUAAUAAUGAUAAAAAGGAAUUACGAAAUAAUGAAAAAAACACUAAUGUAGAUAAUUUUUUGUUUUUUAAGGAUAAUGUUAAAAGUAAUGAAAAUAUAAGUUAUAAUGAUAAAAGUAAUGAAAAUUUAAGUUAUAAUGAUAAAAGUAAUAAAAAUUUAAGUUAUAAUGAUAAAAGUAAUAAAAUUUUAAGUUAUAAUGAUAAAAGUAAUGAAAAUUUAAGUUAUAAUGAUAAAAGUAAUGAAAAUAUAAGUUAUAAUGAUAAAAGUAAUGAAAAUAUAAGUUAUAAUGAUAAAAGUAAUAAAAAUUUAAGUUAUAAUGAUAAAAGUAAUGAAAAUAUAAGUUAUAAUGAUAAAAGUAAUAAAAAUUUAAGUUAUAAUGAUAAAAGUAAUAAAAAUUUAAGUUAUAAUGAUAAAAGUAAUAAAAUUUUAAGUUAUAAUGAUAAAAGUAAUGAAAAUUUAAGUUAUAAUGAUAUAGAUAUAAGUAUAAAGAAUUAUAUAGAUAAAAUAAUGAAUAUUUUAUAUAAUCCAAAUAAAAAUAAAUCUACAGAAUUUUUAUCAAUUCAACAUAAUUCUUUUCUAUGUAAAGAAAAUACAAACUUAAAGUUUGAGAAAUCUAUAAUGAAAAUUUAUAACAAUAAUAAUAAUAAUAAUAGUAGUAGCAACAUGAAUAAUACUAAUCCCUUUACACAUUACUCUUUGAACACCUUUUUUUUAGUAUAUGAGAACAUUUAUUCAUUUUAUGAAAACAGUAAGUCUAUACAAGAAAGAUUGCUAAAUUCUUUAAACGAAUUAUUGAAUCAAAAAAAAAAUAAAUUAAGUGAAGAAAAUUUUUUUUUCAUACUUUCAGCAUUUCUGAAAACAAAAAAUUUGAAUCAUGAUAUUUUUUAUUCCUACUAUGAAUUUAUGAAAAAAAAAUUACAAAGUAUUGAAAUGAAAUAUCUUUUUUUUAUAAUAAAACGUAUAAUUGAAGAAUCACAUAAUUUGAUAAAUAACAAUGAAAAUAAAAUUCCUAGUAAUUGCAUUAAGAAUAAUUUAAUAUUUACAAAUAUUAUAAAUUUAUCAAUUAAUAUUAUAUUAAAUGAUAAAAAUUUUAUGAAUAAUUUUACUUUUAUCAAAGAAAUUUUACAUAUAUAUUUUCAAAAAUAUAAAAAUUGUUUUUUAUUUUACAAAGAAUUUAACUAUUUUAUAUUAUCCUAUUUAGAUAAUUUUAUUAGAUGUGAUAAUUUAGAUGAAAAUCAUUUAGUUAUGAUCAUAAAUAAUAUAUCUAGCUUUUAUUAUACUAUAAGUAAGUAUUCAGAUCAAACAAAAAAAAUGUCACUGAUUAUUGAGCCAAAAAAAAACAAAAAAUUGAUACAUGAAGAUAUAAAUUUAGAUAAAAUAGAUAUUCAAAAAAAAAAAAAAAAUGAAAAUAUUUAUUGUAUUAGGUACAGAAAAAAUCAAGAUUCACUUAAUAAUAAUAUAAAUAACAAGCAUAAUGAAAUAAAUAAAAAAAAUGUAGAAAAAAUUGAAUUAUUUAAAAAUGAUUUUUAUAAUUAUGUUAAAGAAAAUUACAACGAACAAUGUUUAAAAAAUGAAUUAAUAAAACAAUUAAAUACAUUUUUAUAUACAUUAUAUAAUAAUAAAUUAAAAAAUAAAAUUAAUAAGGAAAUAAAAUUAACAAAUAUGAAUAUUAUAGAUAUAUUUGUUUCCUUAAAAAAUAGCAAAUUAAGAGAAGUUAAUAUUAUGUAUAUAUUAUGCAAAAAAUAUAUUAUGAACAUAUUUGCAGUAAAUAAUGUUAAAAUAGAAUAUCAAAUAAAAUUUUUUAAUAGUAUUAUAUUUUUAGAUUAUUUAAAAGAAGCAGAUAUUAUAUUUAAAUAUAUUAUUUUAAAAAAUAGAGAUAAAUGGAAUCAUAUAUUUUAUAUGCAUUUUUUAAAACUUCCUAUAAAUGUUUUUUAUAUUCCAAAUAUUUCAACAUAUAUCCUAAAUUUCUUUUGCUUUCUUGAAUAUCUUAACAAAAAGGAUAAAGAAAGAAUACUUAAAAAAGCAAAAUUUUUUAUUCAAAUGUUAUUAAAAAUAUAUUCAUAUAAUGAUAUGAAUUCCCUUGAUAAAAGAAAUAUUUUUCUUUUAUUUGUUUUGUUAAGUUUUCCUAAUUCUCCUAUAAAUAUAUCGUCACUUUCUUUUAAAAGCUUAAAGUUAUUUUACAUUCAUUUUAUAAAAAAAGAUUUACUAUGUGAGACGAAUACGGUAUAUUCUUCCUCCAUUCAUCAAAAUAUAUCUGAAUUUGUAAUAUCGUUUAUAAGAAAAAACACAAAACAAUAUGAUGUUUUCAAUGAAAAACAAAUUCACACUUUUAAUAUAGAUAUAGUUUUAAACAAGAAAUAA